AAGUUUAUAAAUUAAAAUCAUCUUCCGAAAGCCAAAUCCUGUACUGCAACAGCGAGGGGUGCCUCUCUGUCGUGUAAAUUUCGGCCCUGGGGAGUGUCCCCUUCGAAAUCUGGGUUGAGGCUGGACAACUUCCAAACCAUUUCAGAACGCUCAAUUUCGAUUCUAGCGCUAUCUUCGUCAUCCGAUUUCAAAAGCUGCGAUUAGAUAACCACCUGGUGCGAAGAGAGUCCGUAUUGACCUUCGGAAGCUACUUCAUUUAAUCCAAUCUGUAUCCUCUGCUGUUAAGGAAUUUGUCUUCUCAGCUCUGUAAGGCUAGAAAUUAAAUGCUCGGAGUUCUGCUGUAGAGAAUUGUUUCAUUUAUUGUUGGAAAUAGAGGAAAAUGUGGGGAUUUGGGGGUAGGUUCUACUGGGGAAGAAAUCUAGUACCUGAGAAAGCAGAAGGGAUAGUCUUGGUAUUCGCAUGGAUGUCAAGCGACGAGAGGCACUUGAAUAGAUACGUAGACCUCUACUCGUCUAUCGGAUGGAACUCUCUCGUCUGUCAUUCCCAGUUUCUCAAUAUGUUCUUCCCUGAGAAAGCUACAAGUCUUGCUGUUGACAUACUUAAUGAACUUGUUAAGGUGCUGAGAAGCGGGCCUUGUCCCGUAGUGUUUGCGUCUUUUUCAGGGGGUGCAAAAGCUUGUAUGUUUGAGGUUCUUCAGAUUAUUGAGGGAAAGUGCGAAGGACAUAACAUGGUUGAUUACCAGCUCGUUAGAGACUCUAUUUGUGGCUAUAUUUACGACUCCACUCCAGUUGAUUUCACCAGCGAUUUGGGUGUCCGAUUUCUUUUACAUCCAUCUGUUUUGAAAAUGUCCCAUCCGCCAAGGUUUGCUUCAUGGAUCGCAAAUAGCAUUGCAUCUGGUCUUGAUGCUCUCUUCCUCAGCAGGUUUGAGUCACAGCGUGCUGAGUAUUGGCAAACUCUUUACUCCACUAUUAGGAUGCAGGCCCCAUAUCUCAUUUUUUGUUCCGAAAAUGAUGAUCUUGCUUCUUUUCAAGUUAUUUCAAAUUUUGUCCAACGACUAAAAGACCUUGGCUGUGAUGUUAAAAUGGUGAAAUGGGAUACCUCUCCUCAUGUAGGUCAUUAUCGGCACCAUCUGAUUGACUACAAGGCUGCAGUCACUGAGAUCCUGGGCAAGGCAGCUGCAAUUUAUAUUUCUAGAAAAAGACCGACUGGGGAUGAGGGACUGGGCAAGAAGGGAACAGGAGAUGAAAUCUCAUAUCCAAUCAGUAAUUUUAGGAAAGCUGCAAUGACUUCAACCAGUUUUCAGGGCUUUGCUGUUGCUUCUGAUGAUUUGUUGUCUGGUUCAAUGAAUUAUUAUGAGGGCAAGGGCGUCGGCUCAGUAUCAGAUGAACGCAAGGAAAGUUUAAUUCACUUACCAAGCCGCCCGGGCAUCAAUGCGUAUGGGGUUCUUGGCCAAGCGUUGUUUGAUAUAUGUGUUCCUAAGAACGUUGAGGAUUGGGAUAUCAAAUCAAAUUCCAGGAAUACAAGAAGGCAUGGCUCUUUCAAUCCUAUAAAAUGCAUCCGGCGCUCGAGGUUGUAGAUUAUUGACUAGUUUCAUAGGACUCAGGUUGACAACCCUCAGACGAGCAUGAUUUCGAACUUAUGAAGGUGAUGAUGUUGCGUUCAAAUGUGGACGCAAAUGGUUGGCCCCUGGCAGAUUCACCAAGGCGCGGACGUGUGCGGUACUUGAAAUAGGAGGCUGAAAGGGUGAAAUCUUAAAUAUCAUUUGUUUGUUUUCUAUGAGCAGAGUACAACGAAUGGGUCGAGGCAGCUUGUAACUUUGAAAUAUGAAUUGAACAGCUACUCCACCGGAGAAGGUAUAUAUUAUCUGUUUGAUAUCACUUGACGGGGUGUCAAAGUGCUUAUGAAAAGUGUAAUAUAUUUAACAACUUUUGUACUGCUCACUAUUUAACAUUGCUACUCAUUUAUGCGUCUAAAUUGCAGGGCAUCCUCUCCGAA